GCUAUAAAUAAUGGAUGUAAUAGAUGUGGCCGAGUAAGUAGUAAAGUAACAACAAUCAAUAAUCGCACAUACACAGAAUGGGUGCUCUGGAUCACGUCUCUGAAUUCUUUGACUGCUCCUAUAGCCGUUCCAAGCUCAAGAAGAAGCGCAAGCAAUUCCAGACGGUGGAGGUGAAAGUGAAGAUGGAUUGUGAAGGAUGCGAGAAGAAGGUGAAGAAAUCGGUGAAGGGGAUGAAAGGGGUGAGCCAAGUAGAGGUUGAUCGGAAAGCCAGCAAGGUGACUGUUGUAGGAUACGUUGAACCUUCUAAGGUGGUGGCUCGCAUCGCUCACCGCACUGGUAAGAGGGUUGAGCUAUGGCCUUACGUGCCUUACGACGUCGUUGCACACCCUUACGCUCCUGGUGUCUAUGACAAGAAAGCACCCUCUGGUUACGUCCGAAACGCCGAUGACCCACAAGUCUACAACCUCGCACGUGCAAGCUCAACCGAGGUCAAGUACACCACCGCUUUCAGCGACGAUAACCCCGCCGCAUGUUCCAUCAUGUGACUUACCUCAUCGUGUUCUUAAUUUUCUCUUCUUUUCUUUUUGCUUUCUUUUCUUGUAUCAUUGCAAAUAAAUAAAUAAAAUAAAAUAAAAUAGGUCACGUUUUCAGAUGAACGCUUUUGGAUAAUAGUGGACAUGUACCCAUUCAAUUAAUGUUGGGAAAUUUGUUAUAUUUUA